AAUUACAUUCCAAACUUCAAUCGCGAUUUCCCACAACCUGCCGAAAUUAAUAUACGACAAUCUUUUAACCAGGCGGACGAGAGGUAAAUUGGCGGCCCUGUUGCCAAGUGACAGUGGAAAGUUCGAAAAAUACGAAAAGGAAACAAAACAAAACGAAACUCGAAAAGGAAAGCCUGCAAUAAAACCUGAAACGCGCUAAAUGGUACACAGGGAAAAUUGUAAAAAUCAUUGGUGUUGUGUACGUGCACGUGGGGGGCGUGAAGUUGUUCCAGUACUUUGCUAACUGCCAAAUAGUAGUGGAAGAAUAGUAGCAUAUCUGGUGGAUUUUUAUUCAAAAUGGGAAAAACUAGAAGAAACCGUGUGCGGCAUAUAGCCAAUUCCAAUCCAUUGGGGAUAGCUAGCAUUAAUGAUUUGUUGAAUGGUGAUGAAGAUUCAAUGGAUAAUGGAUUAGGCCCAGUGGAUUCAAUGCGCGAGCAACUACUGACUGCCAAUGUUGAGGAAAAACUAAAUGCUUUACAAUCACUGGCGGUGUUGGUGCAGUCUGGCAAAAAGGACAAACUGGCGGCAAUUUGCGAAAGCGACAUUAUACGCAUAACAGCACCUUACCUGUACGAUCGUGAUCAACCUUUGCGGAAUGCAGCUGCAGGAGCUCUUCGUAACUUCACUGUCUGUGUGCCAGAAGUAUGCGACAUCUUUGUUGAACAGGACGUGCUUACACCACUUUUAGCGCUACUCGGCGAAUACGCACAAGAUGACGAUUGGGUACCUAGUUUUGACAAUGCAAUGGGCGGUCAAUUAGAUAUACGUUCUGAUACAUUUCUGCAAGCCAUAAAUCUCUUAUGGAACUUGUGUGAGAGUUCGAUGGCGGCGCUGGAAUCCUUUAAUCAAACACAAUUAAUUGGAGGUCUCAUUCGCUGUCUAGAUCAUACUGUUUUUGGUUUAGACAUAGCAAUAUCAGUAGCACAGUGCAUGUUGGUUGUCUCAGAAAGCAACGCAAGAGUUUGGAAUGCACUGACACAGCAUAUAAAAGCAUUGCUAAGUUUGCUGGAAAUAACUGGCGGGUUUGGACACCAUUAUCUGCGCAGCUUGGGAGCAGGUAUUCUAUCAAAUGUACCAGCCUUAGCAGCGGCAUACCCCAGCAACAUUCUGAAUUGCUUAGCACAAACUUUGGCUGUGGAUCAACAAGAGGCUUUGUCAAAUGUGCUGAAUGCACGCGUUAAUAACGAACGCAAUGAAUGCAUACCAGUGCUGGAUAUUAAUAUGGAAACCGAAGAGGAAGAGACAGAAGAGGCGGCAGCUUUGCGUAGGCGGCGACAGGAACUGCCAACACCAGCAGAAAUUGCGAUCAAAGAGGUUGGAAAUCUGUUGGAUGCUCAUCGUGUCGCCGCGGAAAUUAUCACAAAUUUAGUGUCAAGUGAUGACGAAGAGUGGGUUGAUUCCGAUGGCGAAGAUGCAUCAGAAGGUGAAGGUGUUGUAGAUUGUGAAAUAGAGAAUGCAAAUAGCAAUGGUGACAUACAAGAUGGCGAUAAGCUUCCCGGAGAAUUAGUGGAAAUGAUAAAAUCAUUAGGAAUUGUGCAAAAGCUUUGGCAAAAAGCGCAAGUUUUACCAGAUAAUGUUGCGCAAUCCUUGCGGGAAGUAAACUUAGGUUUAGUAAUGAAGGCGAAAAAUUUGCGUAUUUCAUCAUUACUUUGCCUGCAAAACUUGUGCAAUGCAUUGAGUCCUAACGAUAUGGGCGGUGCCAAGGCUAUUUACGAUGUCUGGGUAGAACUUGGUCAGCAAGUAUUCAAGGGAGCGCAAGAUGUUGCUGUUAUGGAGCCCGCGACUUCGCUAAUGCGAGCGGCUUUAGAACGUUUAAAAACAAAUAAAGAACUUUUCAAUCAAAUGGCAGAAAAUGACUUGGAGUUGAUCUUCAAUGGCGUAAAAAAUUGCAGUGUAGCUGAAAUACGUGCGAAUUGGUUACGCAUGUUGGGCACAUUGGGUUGUCUGCUGCCUGAAACAUUAGUGCGCAUCAUAAUCACCUUUAUUAUAGACGCAUGCGCUGAGGAAGAAGAUGUUUGGACAAUUUCCGAGGCGCUUGACGCUUUAAUGGAUAUGUUUGCCGAUAACGAUUGGCCAAAAAUGAUUGUUGAGUUGAAUUUACCGGAAGUGUUGAAAAAGUUAGAGAAAAUGUUUAAAAAUAAGAUACGUCAGCAGCGUCGUGAACUGAAAGAUCGUUAUCCAGCUGUGCAGACGGUGCGCAUAAAUUUGACGCGUUUCAUUCGAUAUAUGGAGACAGAGGCGGAUAAGUACGUGAUCAAUUCAUAAGAUUUGAGAAAUAAAUUACUUUUAAAACUGCAUUUAAAGUAAUGCAAAUUUCGGCCCCAUACUAUGUAAAUAGAUAUCUACAUUUUUUAUUUGACAAAAAGAAAAUUCUAUAACUAGAAUUUGAAACCAAUGUUAGUACCUUUAUUAUUCGAAUAGGGUGUUAUGUGAUUCAAUGAAUACCAUUUGAGAACUGUAAUAUAGCCUGUCGGAUUCAGUGUAUGGCGUACGAAUGGCUAAACUUGAUCAUUGAAAUUGCCCCGCUAGCAUCCCAAUAGAAAUUUCUUGCUCGGCACGAUGUUUUACUCCUUAACUGUGAGCAUUUGUGAAUGAUGUUUGGGAAACAUCAAAGGCAUUCCAUUGUUGUUUGUGUAACAGCAUACCAAUUCCACAGAGGGUUUUUGAGGAAUCAGCUGGAGUCCUUGGCUAAAUAUACUAGCGUAGAGCGGCAUUCAAGAAAGGAAUUAGAUCUGAGUCUUCCUCGACUGUGUCCUACUAGUCCCCGGCCAUCACUCAGGUGGAACACACUUUAGAAACCACUCGACUAAUCGCCUUUAAUGUGGCUAACAACGUGUUUUUCUCUCCUGCGAAGGGCGACGAUUGCGGUUUUGGUGGCAGAGGAAUAAGCUGCCGGUCUGCUAAGGUUGGAUUUAUAAUGACAUCGACCCGUAUGCCUAAGUUGACCUUGACCUCCUUCAACCAGGUGGUAAAAGGUAUUACUAUUGAUUUCAUAGUUGAAAGGGUUAGGUUAUUAAGGGAUAACCUUAACCUUUCUUCGAAAGAUAAGUCAUGUAGGUCAGUGUCCGAUGCCAAAAUCGAACAUUUAUCGUCGUAUAAGACUAAGGAAAUGCCCUUCAUGGUUUUUGCUACUGGUUGUAGGUGAAGUACCAGGAAAUAUUGCAUUACUGCUCCUACCCAGCCUGACGAAACAUCUCUAACUGUCGGAAGACCAGUAUGGAUACCGAAAAAUGCACAGCACCACUACUGCAUUAAACGCCAUUACCACACAGAUAAGCGGGGGUCUGAACCAAGGCCGACCAUGUUAGAGGACAAUUAUAGUCGCAGUUGACCUUUCGAAGGCAUUCGACAUGCAAUCCUUUGCCAAGAGGUCCAGGACUCGGCGCUUUAA